AUGCCAGAAAAGGCGAUGAAAGAGUGGUUCUUGAAAGUGCCUUGGGGAAAGUUAGCAAUGUUGUCCUGGGGAGAUCCUUCAAUGCCUCCAAUGCUGCUGGUGCACGGAUUCAUGGACACAGCAGCCACCUUCAUUCCCCUGGCGAACGCCAUGCCUGCUACUUUCCACUACGUCACAUUUGACUUGCCUGGUACUGUAUAUUUAAACGGCCUCCUAGCUCAGUCCCUAGCCGGUAGUGCCCCAGCCUACGAAGCAGGAGGUCCCGGGUUCGAAUCCUGGUCCUGGGGACAUCCCUCGCCCCCUCCAACGCUGCUGGUGCACGGAUUCAUGGACACAGUCGCCACCUUCAUUCCCCUGGCCAACGCCAUGACUGCUACUUUCCACUACGUCACAUUUGACUUGCCUGCCUACGAAGCAGGAAGUCCCGGGUUCGAAUCCUGGUCCUGGGGACAUCCCUCGCCCCCUCCAACGCUGCUGGUGCACGGAUUCAUGUACACAGCAGCCACGUUCAUUCCCCUGGCCAUCGCCAUGCCUGCUACUUUCCACUACGUCACAUUUGACUUGCCUGGCCACGGACACUCGGACACGAUGCCGGGACCACCGAUAUCCCCCCUACAUUUGGUGGAAGCUAUACGGCAGAUGGUUGAGCAACUACGAUGGGACUCAUUCUACUGUGUCGCUCACUCCAUGGGGUAUCUCAUUAGCGCAUAUUACAACGCAGUAUACCCCGGUCGAAUACGAAGACUGGUGUCCAUGGCUGGCGCGAUCAGCAUUCAGCUGUACGGGCUGGCAGAGCUGCCGAAGGACUGGUUCGAGAUCAGCAUCGCCAGCUACUACCGUCGCUAUUUACAGCCUCCACCACCCUUAACCUACACAUAUAAGAAGGCAAUGGAAUCCCUUGCUAUGGCUCGAGACGUGAGUGAGGAAGACGCCACUAUCUUGGCGUCUCGAUGCCUUGAAUCAGUCGACGGAGACUUCAGGUUCACAUGGGACGUGAAAGCAAAGAAGAUCUACGUACCCCCCAUCGCAGAAGACCUAGUAUACUCUAUUCUAUCCACCCCCACUCCCACGCUUUGCCUCGUACCUACGGAGGAUAAAACGCCAAGCAUGUUCUUCGACUGUCAUGUCAACAUGUUAGUGAAAUUGACCAAUGAGCGCUUUGUGCUCGUCAGCGUGCCAGGCGGGCAUAGCGUGCAUUUGACUAAUCCGGAGUUUAUUGUACCGCAUAUUGUUAAGUUUUUUAAUGAGGAUGUAAGAUCGAAGUUGUAA